AUGUGGGCACGGGCACUGCGGGUACGUUUUCCGGUUCCCCUGGACCGGGGCCGAGGCUUCGCUUCCAAAGCGGGUCCACAGGGAAAGGUCCAGGAGGUGAGGCAGGGGACCCACAGCCCACGCCUUGCCUCACAGGGCGCCGGCCGCGUGCCUGCUGCCAAAAUCGAGCAUCUGGAGCGUCUGGCGCUGGUGAACUUCGGCAGCCGCGAGGCGGUGGCCCGGCUGGAGAAAGCCAUUGCCUUCGCUGACCAGCUGCACGCCUUGGACACCGACGGAGUGGAGCCCCUGGAGUCCUUACUAGAAGACAGAUGUGUCUACUUGAGAUCUGACAAUGUAGCAGAAGGCAACUGUACUGAAGAACUACUACGAAAUUCCCAUCACGUUGUGGAGGAGUAUUUUGUGCCCCUCCCAGGUAAUGUUUCUUUGCCAGACAUGGUAAACAAGACCCCUUCUCCUACAGCAGAGUAG